AUGCCGAAAGUUGUCUGGACUUCAGAGAAUGAUCGUAGGCUUCUCAUUCGUCUCAUCGAGCGCUCCGCAAAAUCUUAUGACACUGUGGAAUUAUGCAAAAUCUUCCCAGGAGCAACCCCUAAAGCCAUUGAGGAAAGGAUAGCAAAGCUCAAACGGGAGGCUAAGGCUAUGGACCACCCCAAGCCGAGAAACCAUCCAAAGGGGAAGAGUGGCCCGAAGAAACGACCGCCUCCGGUAGUCCCCAAGGAGGAAGAAUGUGCAGUGAAGAAAAUUAAGACGGCGGAGGAUGAGGAUGACAGUACUGAACUUGACGGUGCCGAUGUCGACAUUGAUGGAACUGAUGUUACUGCCGAUGAUGUCGUCGAUAACGAUAUCAACGGUAGCACUGAUGCUGCCAAUGACAUUAACACUAUUGAUAGUAUUGAUGCUGCAGAUGAUACAGGAGCUGUAGACGACCUACUCGUGGCGAAGGUGGAAGAAGAAGAUGAAGGGGCGCUGUCAGACCGUUCGCUUUAUAACGAGCCACUGGCUUCGAGUCCGAUGCAAGCGAUCCAAUCAGUGGUGGGGGUGAAGCGUGAGGUUGAGUCGAACGAUGAUACGGAAUCUGAACCAGAACAUGCACCGGAAGGUGAUCAGGAAGGUGAUCAGGAAGGUGAUCAGGAAGGUGAUCAGGAGGGUGAUCAGGAAGGUGAUCAGGAGGAGACGGAGCCGGAGCUGGAGCCGGACGCCAAUGAUGAUGUAGAAUCGGAAUCUGAAUCGGCAGCCGAAGAUCCUGAUUACCAGGAUGAUGCUUUUGUUAAGUCGGAGCUAGACUCUGACGCGGAUUCGGAGUUUAUGUAG